AUGGCGAGGCAGCAGGUGUAUGCUGGGCAGCAGCAGCGGUUGCUGCUGCUGCAGCUGUUUGCUCUCAUUGUGCUGCUGUGCUGCAGCACAUUAGCAGCAGCAGCAGAAUCAACAGAAGCAGCAACAGCAGCAGCACCCGAAGCAACAGUAACAGCAGUUGCUGCAGCAGAAACAACAACAACAUCUGCGGCAACAACAACAGCAGCAGCAGCAGUAGGGCCGACUGCAGCAGCAACAACAGCAGCAACAGGGCCAGCAGCAGCAGCAACAACAACAGCAGCAGCAACAAAAACAGCAGCAACAGCAGCAGCAGACCCAGCAGAAGCAGCAGCAGAGCCCGGCUGCACAGACGAAGACAUGAAGAUUAUUUGGAUACCUUAUGUGCCUCCGCAGCAGCAGCAGCAGCAGAAGCAGCAGAAGCAGCUAGGGAGAGGAACAGCAAGUGCAUUUGUUACUAUACAGCAUCUAGCAGCAGAAGCAGCAGCUGCUGCUGGCCGUGCACAUGAGGCAGUUACUGCAGCAACAAGUGCAGCAGCAGCUGCUCUUGCUGCUGCGUUCCCUGAGGAGACACAGACUAGCAGCAAGGAUGACAGCAGCAGCAGCAGCAGCAGCAGCAGCAAGAGCAACCCCACAAGCAGCAGCGGAAGCAGCAAGAGCGGCACCAGCAGCAACAGCAAGAGAGGGGUCACCACCAGCAGCAGCAACAGCAGCACGGGCAGCAACAGCGGCAGCGACAGCGACAGCAAGAGCAGCAGCAGCAGCACCAAGAGCAGCAGCAGCAGCAGCAGCAGCAAGACUGAGAGCACCAAGAAGCCCGAGAAGGCCGGCAGCAUUAGGGUGGACAACAGCAACAGAGACAGCAGCAGCAGGAAGAGCAGCAGCAGCAGCAGCAGCAGCAGCGACAGCAGCAGCAGCAGCAGCAGCGAGGCCAUGCGUGAGAAGAUGAACUCUGUGAUUGCGAUGAAUAGCCGUGCAGCCCGAGAGGCAGCGCAUGCAGCACAGUAUGCAGGUGCAGCAGCAGCAGCAGCUGCUGCUGCUGCAGUUGCUGCUGCAGCUGUUGCAGCAUCUGCAGCAGACAACAACAACAACAGCAGUAUCAGCAGCAGCAGCAGCAGCAGCAGCAGCAAUGUCGGCAUUUCUUUAGUACCUGCUCUCCCUCAGCAGCAGCAGCAACAACAGCAGCAGCAGCAGCAGCAGCAGCAGCAAGAAGGAGCCUAA